AGCCAAUCUGCGCCCUGCCUGCGCCAUGGCUUCUGCUGUGCCCCGCGCCGUUCACGCCUCGACGCGUCAGCGCCCUGUCGGUCAAAACUCUAGCAACAGUAGACCCUUCACUCAGCCUCACGGGACCCCUCCGGGCUUGUGGCUGCUGAUGACGAUGCCGGGGUGGCAGGCCCAACUGUGUGUGGGGCCGCGCAAGAGGUAUUUAGAAUGCAGCGUUUCCUACAUACUUCCUUCUCAUCAGAUUGAAAGCUCUGUCUAUCGCUAUCCAAUCCUAUCUCUACUCUCCAUAUACCAAACCAUCAACAUCCUCAUCAUGAAGUUCCAAACCACCGCUGCUGCCGUCGCAACCUUUGCUACCUCCGCCCUCGCUGCCACCAUUACCGCAUCCCCCGAAACUUCAUUCACAUCUGAUGCUCCCUGGCCUACCAAGAGCGGCGAUGGAUGGGGCCCAGGUCACUUGAGUAACGGUCCCAACGGCCCGUGGGGAUCAAAUUCAGACUGGCAAAGCUGGACUACCAAAUACGGUCCCUGGAAUUCGGAUUGGAGCACAAAGAGUGGACCAUGGAACGACUUUAAGUCGGGUGACUGGCCAUUCGGCGGAGCCUCGAACACCGCCUGGGGGCCAUGGGCAAGCAGCGGCGCAUGGCAAUCAGGCCCAUGGACUCAGUGGUGGGGUAAAAGCGACUGUCCUGACAGCACAUGGUCUGGUUGGACUCAAGGGCCCUGGGGUACAGCUGCUCCGUGGACAACUUGGUCUGGCUGCACUGAAAAGACAACGGCGACCAACGUCGUGACAAGCAUUAUCUCGGGAUCACCGGUUGUUAAUACCCAGUACGGGAUUCAAGUAGCUGCUGCGACAGCCACCGCAGCGGCGAAAACGGGAAGUGGAACUGCGACGGCUGCAGCGGCGACGUCGACAAGUACAGGUGCGGGAGCAAUGAGGACGGCGGGCGUCGGGGCUGCGGUUGGUGCUGCGAUGUUGGGCUUUGCUGUUGCAUUGUAGACGGUCCGAUGGGUCUCUGUCUUCCAAAGCGAGCAUCUUCUACCGUGAAAAUGCGAGAAUGUAAGAAUGCAUAACGGCGCAAUGAUGUUAUAUUGGUGGAUUUCUUAUCUUAAAUAUAUGUUUAUAUGACUACUUAAAAACAUCCCAAAAUUUCGCAAUGAUCAACAACUCCACCACGCCUUUCAGGGUACC